AUGGCACGCGGGUGGGGCGGGGUGCCGUCCUGGCUGAAGUGGGUCGAAAUGCUUUCGCUGACUGGCAGGACUCGACGGGGUUGGAUAGCUGUGCCUAAGUGCUGCGGGGCUCCAAACUGCUUCAACACUGCGGGCCAACUAGGCGCAGACAACCAGCCUGGGAGCGUCUACAAGUUCCCACUGAAGGAUGGUCCCAGGCUGCAAGCCUGGCUAUGGCACCUGGGCCGUGAACAGUGGGUACCCAGCUGCCACCAAUACUUGAGCAGUGAGCAUUUCACACCCUCCUGCUUCCAGUGGCGAUGGGCAGUUCGCUACCUGCGGCCUGGUGGGGUGUCCUCCAUCUUCUCCAGGGUAUCAACUGAGGUGAGAAGGUCCCCUGUAGAGGCUGAUCCCCAGCCUUGCCACCUGGGAAAUAACCGUAGAAUCUGGACUCCAGUUCUCUUCCCUAAGGCAAAUCCCUCUUUGAUUCUGUCCUUCAGCCUUUGCUUUAACCGCCCCCGGCCCCCAUCUUGUCCUUUUGAGCCAGACAAGAACCAGAAGCACCGAAAGCAUGUGGCACUGGCCCCUCCUCCUGGGCGGGAGGUUUCAUCCCUGCCCCUGGAGCCCAGCAGCAUGGCAUCUGGCCCAGUGCAUUUCCUGGUACUGGGACCGGCAUCAGGAGACCCCGAGAUGGCCACCAUGCUCCUGACCCCUUGUCCCUCCCACUUGCUUCCACGGCCAAGGACUGGAAUCUCUGACCAGCGCCCACAAGCUGGGUUGGAGGCUGCUCUUGGGGCACUGCAACAGAUAGUUCACAGGUUGCAGAGGCACCAGGAGUGGCACCAGGCACAGCUGCAAGCUUUGGAACAGCUGGCACAGCAGCUGCACGGGGAGAGCCUGCUGGCCUGCACACACAGGGUCCAUUGUGUUGGGCGAGUGCCCCUGGGACUGGUACCCAGGGCGCUUGCUCCACCUGCAUCUCCCCACCUCCCCCCCCCCAUGUCACUCUUCAUCUGUAUCUUUCCAUGUCCUUGUCAUUCCACGUUGGUCCUUCCUGCAUUUAUCUUCCCACCCUCCCCACGACUGUCUCUGACCUCACAUCUGCUGCCUUGUCUCCCCACAUCUCUCCAUUCACAUCUUGUUUCCGACAUCCCUGGCCUUCCUGUUCCUCACACUAUGCCUGCCUGUCUCCCUGUGUCCCCUGUCUCCCCCACUUCUUGCUGGGAUGACUCAGCUGCCUGGACCGGAGGAUUCACCAUCAUCUGUGGAAGGCCUGACAUAGCCACACCUGCCGCCCUGGAUGCUAAGCCCAAGCCCCUGGACACUCAGAUGCCCCCUGUGUAAGGGUCCGAGUGACAGGACUGAGAGACAGAGACAGAAGCGGAAGAAGAGUUACCACACUCAGCCUUGGCCAUGCCCUGGUGCCUAUACCUGGGGAGGAGCAAUGCUCCCAGCACUGGGUCCCACUCUCAUCCACUUGAACCUUGAAAGUGACCUUGGACCAAGUUGCCCCGGAGCCCUCAUCCCCUAGGAUGCUCAUCCUCUGCGGUUUCCAGCCCCUGCUAUCCCCAACUCAGACCCUUGGCAAUCAGUUAAAGUCUGAGCAGAAUAAGGGUCACUCGCUCAAGGGGUGCUGUGCCUGGUUCUGAAGAGUCCUGGUGUGCUGUGCCAAGCCUGCUGUGGGGUUGGGAACACAGCAGUGAACACGGCCCCAAACCAUCCCUGCCUUUGAGUUCAUGUCUGCUUGAGUAGAAAGUGAACUAGUAAACUAAUAAACCAGAUCACUUCAAACUGACAAGUCA